UUUCGAUUCAUUCGAAAGUCUAGGUCAAAGUUUGUAUAUGCAAUGAAGAAACUCGGUAACGGUGGCGCCACCGGCCAUAGCGAAUCACAGUUUCGGCUUCGUUCCAUAUGGAGGCUCUCUAUUGGCGAUGUUGCAUAUCAUCAAAAUCUUAAACCUACAGCAACCUUCGUUCACCCGCUUUUGGAUUUCUGAUUUUCUAUGAAGACAACCACUGCCUUUGCGAAGGACGCCGAAGCAAAUGUAAAUGCGCUUGCUAUUGACCCCAAGCACGCGCGCACCAUUAAUGUGAAAGUCAAUCCAAGCCAAUUGCUGUACGUACUAUCAAUCAUUUUGAUAUUGAUUUUUCUCCACCCUUGUACUCGAAGUAAGAGUAACUGUAACGACACGUAUCCUUAUCGUUCGAGCCAGCGCAUCUUCAUCUUUCUUCACCAAAGAGAAACGAGAUGGACGACCUCGCGGGCAAUCAAAGCAGCAGUAGUUGCACGACCUCGGUGGGCGUGGACAGCACGUUGCUUCUCUCAAACCUUGGCACCGCGCGCCCUCCUCGACGCCGGAGUUCGGUUAGCCGCCCGCAGAAGGUUAUGUUCAUUAACUGCACCCAAACGCCGCUGCAUCUCUAUUGGCUCGACCGGGUGACCACGAGCGCGGCUCCGAACGGUGUGCAUGAUGGGGGUGUGCCGCGGCUGGUCACCGUUUGUGAGGCGGGAAUGAAAGUUUCCGUGGACACGUUCGCGACGCACCAAUGGAGAAUACGGCCCUCCAGUGUCAGCACCGACAGUGACUGGUUUACGACCUACACGGUGAAAAGGAAGAAGGGUAUGCAGGUGUGCGUCUUCCGCGACUCAGCAGGAGGAAUGUCGUCGUCGACAGAAGAUGUCAUCAAUACGCCCCCGCCAAAAGGAGGCGAUGCCAUGCCGUAUGAAGAGGCUGGACCUUGUUGUGCUGAAACAAAGAACGACGGCGAGGGCGCAGGCGCACCGCCUUCUCCCCCUUCAUCUGUGCCAGUGGAGCUGCAUCAAAUAGCCUCCAGCUCUACAGAAGGUCGGGGGCCGCGGAAUCUUCACGACAACACUGCGCAUACAACGAGGAUAAAUGUUGAUGCGAGUGGUCAGGACGUCGUUGAUGAAACGAUCUAUCUCCACCGCCGCCAAGAGCGAUCGCGAUCCAGUGGAUGCAAUUUCUUGGAAAAACCGAAGGUGCAGAAACGCGCUACAGGCAGGGAGGAAAGCGCAGCACGAUCGAAUCGGAACAACGGCGCGGAAGUUGAUGUGUGCAACCAAAAAAUGGAAUUACCAUGUUCCUACCCAUCGCUUUCCUCUAGCAGCAACAGCGACUGCUCCAGGUCAAGGUCACUUCACCGCGCGAGUGUCUCUCUGCUCCAAUGCCAAUUAUCAUCCGAAAAGAUGACAGGAACAUCAAAAGUAGCUGCUGUACUCCCCGACAGGGACAGAGCCAGGGGCAACAUGACGAACACAGCAGAUGAUGCCCUGCUCUGUCGUGAACAUCUUGAUGGACGAAAAAAAUUACUGGGAACAAAUGUUGAUGCCGACAAGAAUAUUGACUUCGAUCCCAAUUCUUGUUUCCAGUGCGGGAGGAAGCUCGGUUUGCGGUUUCUUCCCUACACGUGCCGGUGCAGCCGGUCCUUCUGCAAAAAACACAAGGACGCGGAGGAGCACGGCUGCCGCUUUGACUGGCAGAGGGAGGGACAGUCAGAUUUGGCGGCGCAGCAACCCAGAGUAGUCGCGGAGAGGAUGCCGCAUCGGUUUGAAUAAAAACGUGAUCUGGACGACAGCUUUCCAUAGUGAUGUGGACGCUGCAUUCCUGCUCUGAUGUAUUUUUACGCUCGUCCUCGUCCGGUGGUUCGUCCUGUGCGCAGAUCAUUAUCUGUCGAAAAAGUAAAAGUGUGAACCAAGCGAAUUUUUAUUUUUUAAGAGUCUGAGUUUAUCUACUUUAUCAAGACAUUUAAUGUCUUGAUAAAGUUGAUGUCCUCCAGUGUUCCUAUUAGCGUUUACUAAUAGUAAACGCUAAUAGGAACAAGUGCUUCACCUGGAGGACAUCAACAUCCACUUGAGUUUAUUGCGUUGACUACCCUUCUCGAAAAUACGUGAUGAACUGAAAUUAAUCAGAGACCGGGUAAAUAAAAAGAGAAAUUCGUUUCAACUUCUUGACUUUUUGGACUGCUUCUAUACAGAAAUGCACCAGACCACGACAU